CAUUCCUGUCUGUGCCGCGUCCGCACUAUUGGCUUGCGGGCUCGCCAUCUGGGCAAAGAAGCGGACGAGAGGCCCGCUUCCUCCAGGGCCGCCGCAGCUUCCGAUCUUGGGAAACUUACUACAGAUGCCGUCGAACGAAGCAUGGCUCAAGUACAUAGAAUGGGGGAAGCAAUACGGGGAUGUGAUCUACCUCAAGGCCCUCACCCGAGAGAUGCUCGUCAUCAAUUCCGCUGAAGCUGCAUACGAAAUAUUGGACAAAAACUCGAGCCUCACGUCGGAUCGACCGCAGAACAUCAUGAUCAGUCUAAUUGGGUGGGGCACGAACAUUGGACAUCUACACUACGGCGACGAGUGGCGAUUCUCUCGACGCGCGUUUCAUCAAGAGUUCAAUCCCGGCGCCGUACCUUCACACUACAAAGCCGCCUUGCCGCGCAUCAACAAGCUCCUAGUCCAACUGCUCCAUGACCCGAAUAACUUCAUGGCGCACAUUCGACAAUGCGUCAGCGCGAUCUCAAUCAAGAUCAGCUACGGCUUCGACGCGGAGACCAAGAACGGGCAGGACCUCAUGCAUGCCACGGAGGAAGCGAUCCUCUGCCUCGAAGAAGCCACUCUGCCAGGGUCUCAGCUCGUCUUCUUGUUCCCCCCGCUCAGGUAUCUCCCAGCCUGGGUCUCCGGGGGCUCCUUCACGAAGCUGGCCGCCCGCUCGACUGCAUUCGUUCAGGUCAUGCGCGACUUGCCGUUCAAUAUAGUCAAGGAGCAGAUCCGUAAUGGCACAGCGCCUCCGUCCUGGAUGCAGAGCCUCCUCGAUCGCACAACGACCACUGAAGAUGAGGAGCGAUACAAGGGCGUCGUAUCCCAAUUCUUCGCAGCUGCGAGCGACACUACGCUUGCGGGCUUGCGGGCGCUCAUGCUCGCGCUUGUGAUGUACCCGGAGGUGCAGCGCCGCGCCCAAGCUGACAUCGACCGCGUCGUCGGGUCUGAGCGGCUGCCCACCUUCAGCGAUCGUCCAGCGCUGCCCUACAUCGACGCCAUCAUCAAGGAAGUCCUCCGCAUGCAUCCGCCGCUGCCGAUCGGUCUCCCGCACAGCCCGAUCGAGGACAUGGUCUACAACGGGUACUACAUCCCGAAAGGUAUAACCAUCCUCCCCAAUAUCUGGGCGAUGUGCUACGACGAGAAGACGUUCGGUGACCCGCACGUCUUCCGGCCGGAGCGCUUCCUCGACCCCAAGCUGAGCGACUGGCAUUCCCUCGCGUUCGGCUUCGGCAGGCGCGUCUGCGUCGGAAGGUACCUCGCCGAAGCCCUCCUAUGGCAAGCCCUUGCCUCGGUCCUAGCGACCUUCGACAUCAAGAAGGCAACGAGGGACGGCAAGGAGGUCGAGGUUCCCGGCUCCUUCAGCGGCAUUAUGGUCUUGCGAGCGGAUGAUUUCGAGUGCACAAUCACGCCACGUGGCGCUGGUGCGGUGGAGCUCAUCGAGAGCGCGCGGGUUGAGGAUUGAGCAGGGCGUCUUCUCGAUUUCUAAUGUAGACAUCGGACGUGCACGACUUUGCGAUAUUUCAUAUUCUUCUAAUUAGUUGGGUUGAAUGCAUACACCCCCAGUGCUUCCAGAA